CACGGUGGGUAAAAGGUGGAGUCUGUCAGCGGGGCGGCGCUGCUCUUCGGCAAAAAUAAAGACCAAAGUGAUCUUGAGCGAUGAUAUUUUCAUCUGUCUUGGGCGAGCGGCAUUAAAGGACAAAUUUACAUUUCUGUCUAAAUUAAAGUCGUUAGAUGGUUUUACCUUUUAAGGUCAAACUUUGACGGUGACUGUCGGAGGGGGAGGAGGCUGAGAUACCUGACGGAGGAUCGUGAACCUGAAGCAGCUGCGGUGAAGUAAUUACGCUCGGCUUGAACAACAUGUUACCUGUUAACUUUGACAAAUAACUUGCGUUGACUACGUAGUUUAAGGCUUGCGACUCCUUUAUUCAACACUUUUAACACAUAGUUCACAGAAUUUUAGGCGCAGCUUAAAUCAGACACACAUGGAUGUCAGGAGGAGGCGCCCCAAUGAUGAUGCCCACUUCAGUCUACUCGGCUUCAGCACCAAAUAGUCACGUCUAUGAGCCGAAGAGGUACCCUAACAGCCACCGCAACACGCCUGAGGAGGAUGAUGAGACCAUGAGCACAGUGGAGCGAGAAGCCAACCUUAUCCUCGAGCCGGACUCUAACCCUGAUGGCUACUGCACCCUCGCAGAGCAUGACACCCUCGCCGCUAACUCCCUGUUCAGCAGACAGAGGCUGGACAGAGAGCAGGAACACAAACACAGCCACACGCUCUCUCAGCCUGACCCCAGCUACUUCUCAUACCAGCUUCCCCGCAGCUUGCCUGCCGGAUUCAGCCAGCCCACUCCUUUCCCAAGCCAGGUCGAUGGCUCCUGGAUCCACCCGAGCCUUGCCAGCAACUGGUCGGGAUAUCCCAACAGCCUGCCAUCCUCGGGGAGCCAGAAAGAUUUCUCCAGCUGUACUGGAGAUAGCUGCAAGUCCCUGUCAGACAGGCAGACAGACAGACACAGCAUCAGUAUGAGCAGCUUAGAGCAGCCUUUCUCUCUGUGCUCCAACCCGCCUUCUGCUAACUUGUGCCACCAUACGUUGCCUCCGUACUCGUACCCGCCUCAGGAAGCUGCCUGCGGUGCGCAGUGCCCUGUAGAUGCCUUCACCAGGCAGCCUGUGGCCAACAAGGCCCUGUGGCCCCCACACCCCCCAGCUUGUGGCCCGUACUAUCCAGGUGAUUGUAGACUUCCUGGAACCGGAUACACACAAAUUGGCCACAUUGCUCCGGCUAAAGAGAAGAACCCUGCUUACAGCACACCGCUCUCUCUGGAGCAGAGGAGGGUCUUUGUCACUUACGAAGCGGACAACGACAAGCACGUUAAUGAGAUCAUCAACUUUGUUGCUCUGCUGCGACACAACGGCUUUGAUACGCAUAUUGAUAUUUUUGAGCAGCAGUUCAGGAGUAUAAGCAAGAUUGACUUCAUGGAGCGGUACCUCAGUGAGAAAGAAUACCUGAUCAUCAUCAUCAUCAGUCCCAAGUACUAUGAGACAGUGACAGCCUCCCCUGUUGGCCUGGAGAACGACGAGAGGACCUUCAACACCGUCUACAUACAUAAACAGCUUCAGAAUGAGUUCAUCCAGAAUGGAAGCAAGAAUUUCAGGUUCAUUCCCAUUUUGUUCCCUGGAGCUAAAAAGUGUCACGUUCCUAACUGGCUUCAAAACACGCAUGUUUACGGAUGGCCGCGCGACCGGGAUGACAUUCUGCGGCGACUGAUGAGGGUUGAGAAAUACAAUCCACCGCCUAUCGGGCAGCUUCCGACCAUCGUUUCCAUUCCGAUAUAGAAGACCUCUGACCUGAAACAGCCUGAACUGAAAUAUUUGAAAAAAACUUUCUGGAGAACUACUGGUCUUUGUUGAGGUGAACAGGCAUGUGGGUGCAGGAUGAUGUUUUACGUCGAUUUACAUUUUAAGUUACUGUUAAGGGUGCUGUGUGAUCUUUUAUUAUCGUGUAUUUUGGGUAAUUAGAUAAUAGUCAUCUUAACGCACAGAAAAAAAGUGCCAUUGUCAACAGUUAAGCCUCUUGGUUCCUGCGGCUUGUUGGUGUGCAUCAGUGCCAUGAGUAAUGUUUACUGGGGCCAGUCCAAGCUGAUUAAAUUUACAGCCUGACAGGUACAAGCUUUAGUUCUGCCCAAUUUAAAUUUCAUUCUUGGAGUAUGACCGCUUGUCCUCAUAAAAGAAUGAUUUAUCAUGUAGGACUUGUGUGUGCAUGUGUUGUUUAAUUAAAUGUGACAGAUAAGAUGAAUAGUCUGAUAUCUUUGCAGAAUGGACCAGUAGAGAUUUUAAUUACAACAGGUAAACACUGAUGCACGCUCCCUGGUUGCAUCAACCAUAUUGUCUUUGUUAUUGCAUCGUCUGUCUAAUGCAAACAGGUGGCCAGCUGGAUGGACUUACUGUUGUAUUCUUAAGAGUAAAAAUAACAGAAUUUACUGUUUUUUUGUUUUGUUUUUACAGCAUGUGGUAGAUAUUGUUUAUAAAGAGUAUUUUUUUAGCAUUAUUUUAAAUGUAGUUUUUACAGAUAAACGAGGCACCGACUGCGUCUGAAUGCAUAAAAAGCCAUGUUUUUGCACAUUUUAGCCCUUUUACAAAUUAAAAAUCACAAGCCAGUGGCUUACCACGAGAAGCAGCUGUGAAGUUAACGGACCAUUCAAAUGUAAGUUUCUGGUCUCUGCAAGUUGAUCUCGGCUAAUUAAUAUGUAGUUAGAUGAGUCAUAUGUUAUUUGGGAAAAAAAGGGGCUAAAACAAGCAAACAUAUUUGGUAUUUUGGUCAAAAAUGAGAUGGUCCUAUGCUGACUCUACAGACAGACACUGAUGUUAGACAUUUUUAAUUUUGUAUUGUAAAACUAAGAAUGUUCUGACCAUUCAGACUGUAGAAUUGUGUGAACUGCAGGUGCGUUGCAGAAGACUUGUGCCUACAUUGACAUCUCCUCUUAGAAACACAUACAGUGUUUGUGUUGACAGCGUUGACAGUUAAGCAAGACAAGCAGAGACCUGGGACUGGUUUGCCUGCAGGGCUACGAGCAUAUUUGACAAACAGCGUACUGCAUUUUUCUGUUUUUAGGAAUGAGGCGCGAGAAUGUGGAGGCUUAGGUGUGCUUGUCCACUAAUGACAGCUCUACCAACAAACUGCUGUGUCUCAGUGACUUUGUGCCUCUCCCUGGCUUCCAGGGGCUUCUGUGUGAAGGCUUAGACAGGAUGUCGUAUCAAGAUGACUAGCUGACACAGCUGCCUGCCUGGUGUGUGAUACGGCUUCUCAAGAAUCAACUCAAAUGGGUCAUCACAACCUGUCUGUGGUUGGAGGAAAAUCACGUGUAAUGUUGUGACACAUUUAAAGAAAGUGUUUGUGUGCACAAUAUGUGCUCAUCCCUGCAGAGAUGAAAUAAAUCUUCUUUACAUGUGCAUCUGGAACAUAAAAAUAUUAAAAAGCUCAGCGUCA